AUCUAUGUCAAUACUCAAAAGUUCAUAUAAAAAUGAGAGAUCUUGUUCACCCGUGUAAUUUUCGUCUAAUUACCGACUCAUUUUCGUUGAAUUAAUUUAAUAUAGUAUUCAACGUAGUUUAAAUAUUAUCUGGAAACCUGAUAUAGAUAAUUUUAUAUUACAAUAAGGGAAUGUAGUUUUGAAAAUUAUAAUACAAUGUGUAAAAUUCAGCUUUUCUAUGUUCGAUACUUAUUAAUAAAUUGAAUUAAUGCAGCGUACAAUGAGAUACUGUAAAUUGUUUAAAAAUAUUUUUGCCAUGGGUAUUACAAUAAGUGUAAUUUGGUUUUUGUUUUCCUGGACCAGCGUUGAAUUAUUAAGUUUAUCAUCAUUGGAUACUAGAAGCAUUCCAAUUGCUGUGAAGAACAAGCUAUGCCAUUUGAAUUACAAUGAUGAGCGCCAGCAUAUUACCAACAGCACCGACUUAAAGAUGAUAUACUAUGUAACUCCAACAUACCCUCGGCCGGAGCAGGUGCCUGAACUCACUAGGCUUGCAUAUACACUUAUGCAUGUACCAAGGCUACAUUGGAUUGUAGCUGAUGACCAACCUAUUUGUUCUGAAGAAGUCUCUAAGAUACUUAGACGAACAGGCCUGCCAUAUACUCAUCUGUCUAGUCCAAAGCCAUACUUAUACAAAGGAACUAAUUUCCCUCGUGGAGUAUCUAACAGACGUGCAGCACUGACUUGGUUACAAGAGAAUGUGAAUGAAGGAGUCCUCUACUUUGGGGAUGAUGAUAACACAGUGGACCUACAGCUGUUUGACGAAAUUAGACUGACCAAGAAGGUGUCAAUGUUCCCUGUGGGUCUGAUUGGUGAUUAUGGUGUUUCUUCCCCUGUUGUGAAGGAUGGGAAGGUUGUUGGUUUCUUUGAUUCCUGGCCCGGAUCUAGAUUAUUUGCUGUUGACAUGGCUGGGUUCGCGGUGAACAUCGAGUACCUGAAACCAUCGGCUAACAUGCCAUAUAUCGCUGGGCAUGAAGAGGACAGAUUCCUAGUUAGCAUUGGCUUGAAAAUGGAAGAUAUAGAGCCACUGGCCGCAAACUGUUCCCGGGUACUGGUCUGGCAUACGAAAACUGUUAAGUAUAAAAAGCCUAUUUUAAAACUGGAUAUUAAAAAACUCGAUAGUGUUCCUGCUUAUAGAAAUUUCGCGAAUUUGCUUAAAGAAACAAAUAGGCUCGGCAUGGCUGCUAUCAGCGAGACUAAUGGGACUAAACCUUAUAUAACAAGGAAUAGGAAAUCGUAUGAAACACUAGCUGGUCUAGAAUAAAUCACGUGUUUAUCCAAAAUAAUCUAAUCUUAGCCAACGUUUAUGUUACAGCAGCUAAUGCAGUACAUAAUACUAUAAUAGAUUUGAAAACGAAUAUAUUUCAGGUCUUAAGCUUUUUGCCUAUUCUAGUACAGCAAAAUUAUAUCAAGCACAAUAAUAGGUAAUGCUGUGUGUACUGAUGGAACUAUAUUAUAUUUAUAUAUGUAUUAUGAAAAUAGUCCAUCCAAAAUAUUGUGCUUUGAUUGCAUUGGUUUUCAUAUAUAUAUUUAUAAGUAUUAUUCUUAACUCUAGAAAAUUACCAUAUUAUUAUAUUACACAUUACCUUCUAUACCGAUCAGAUAUUUGUUUGUAGAUAAGUAGAUAGGUUGUGUGAACAUAGAUCUAAUAGGAAUAAAUUAUAAACAGUGAAAUCAAGUGUGAUGUUAGAUAGGUUUUCAAAUAUGUAUUUAUACAAUAAGGUCCCUUUUCUCUUAUACUAGUCUGAUAUACACUAAAUUAAUUUUGUUGUGUACUAUAGAACAAUGGCAAAGAUAUUUUUUUAAAUGAAUAGUUAUCAAGGGACUUAAUGUAGUCUUUUUUUGAUUUGUAUUUAACAUUAGCUGACUCAUCCAACUUUUGUUCAGUUGGCCCGAACUAUUUAAUGGGAGAAGGUUAAAUAGUCGUUAGGUUUUCUUAACAUUUUUUAUUUAUUUUAACAAUGUUCUAAACUACGAUAUUAUAUUAGGACUACAUAAAUAUAAUUGGUAUGAAUAUAUCCAAUAUAUCUACCACAACAGUUCUAAUUAUAUUGAUCAUUGAAGAAUAAGAUAGUUCUUCUAAUAAUUAUUGUUAACAUAUAAUAUAAUUGCAUGAAAAUAUUAAAAUGUUUUAUAAUGGCAUUAAAAUUAUUCUAAUUUUGAUUCCUAUUGAACUUAUAUUUAGGCAUUUUAAUGAGAUUGAUUUUUUUGUAUUUCAAUUGAAAUUGAAUUCAAUUGAAUUAACAAAUAUAUAUACAACUUAUUAUCAUUUGUAAAAUUGUAUGAUCGAAAAUCUGGUUAAGGGCAGCUCGGGUGUAAAAUUGGAAACUCAGUAGUCAAAUUGACUUUUUCGAUAACAUUGUGAUAGCUGUGUCCAUGAUUGAACAUUUUUUUAUUUUUUGUUGUCUCAAACUGAUAAUUGAUAUGAAUCUCAUAAAAUCUUUGUUAUUGAGAAUGUUUUGCUCAGUUGUAGGUACGACUUGCAGCAUUUACACAUGCCAUGAAUUAUGUGAUAGUCUUACAUCUUAUUGUAAAUUAUUUCCUUGCGUUUGGUUAUACAAAAAUUGUUAUGGAACCCUUCAAAUCGAUUUUCUUUGAAAUCAAUAUCGAAUGGUGGAAUACUGGUAUAACAAUACGCUUGAUGGUUUAAUUCAGUUUGUAAGAAAACAUCUAUUUUAUUCGAAGGGUGAUUAUCGAAUCUAAAUAAACAAAAAUUACGAUAACUAUCUGUUGUACGUACAAGUGAAUAAUCCAGUCUAUAGCCACCUUUAAAAUUCUUAUUUAAUUUGACGACUUUAUUUAACAUUUUUAUUUUUCGUUCUAAUACGCUAAAUCCACAAGGGCGGUCGACAGGUCUGUUGGCAUAAGCGCCUGUUAACUAAAUGUUAUGUGUUACAUUUAUAUAAUUCUUGUCAUCAUAUCAGAUAGACCACCAUACGAUUAUUAUCUUGACAUUUUUUGCGUGGUCUAAGAAUUUAUUUUGCUUUCUGAAGGAUCAUUUCGUUUAGACCACUUUUCUAUCUUUCAUUCUUUCAUCCCCAUAGUCUAUAAAAUAGACAUCAACAGCACGGCAUCAAUUAAUUCUGAUUUUAAUUCGUAUUACCGAAAAUACACAGUAAAACUGAAGGAAAGCUAAGUCAAAGCACUUAAAACUGUGACCAAUCAUUAUUUUUAUGAUUUUACAGAGAGGCUGUAUACUUUAGAUGUGUUUUUGUGAAAUUACAAUAAACGUUUUUUAUUAUUCUCAAUAUAUAUUUGUAUGGCCAUAUGCCACAAGAAAAUACGCUCACCAGAAGUUAUUUUGCGAGCUAUAUUUUGCGUCCCACAUAUUGUUUUAUGGGAAUAUUUUUCAGUAUGUUCUUUCGUCUAAAAUAAUGGUGACCGCUAAAUGAUUCAGUCCAAAUGUUUACUGUUCCUUAUUCUUAAUGUUCUAUUAUACAGGAAUGUUAUGUACCUUUUCCCCAAAUAAUGUUUUUCGAAAUUUGAGUUUUCACAACUGACAAACGCGUCAAGUAAUUUUUAUUUAUUUAAAAUAAAGCGCAGAAUUUGUUAAAACGAGCUUAAUGUCAAGCUUUAUUGAACACAAUACUCUAUUUUGUGGAACUUCUAGUUAGAAAUUGAUCUGAAUUUUGUUGCAUAGCAAUAGACAAUAUUAUUAUUUAUCACCUACACUAUUAAUCUCAAUUUUAGUGCAAUAAAAUUUUUAUUUUAGUUUAUAUAACCUACUAAAAACUACGUGUUUUAAAUAUGUAUUCUGUAAUCAUACAGUGCAAUAUUUUGUAAAACAUCCAGUGAAUUUAUAUUUGUAACAAUAACCUAAGUUUGUUGACCUUAUUAUAAGUUCACAUUUUAAGUUUAAAGGGUGUUGUUGUGUUGAAAAUAGGUGGAAUAUUAUUUUAACUUUAGCUCUUUUUGGGCUUGUAAUGAGCAAGCCUAGCUUUUAUCUUUUUGUCUAUGUUACUUUAUUCUUUAAUUUAUUGAUCUCUUUUAGUGAUAUUAUUAGAAAUGCAACGUGCAUUGCAAAAGAACUAAAACAAGAAUAAAAGCCAGCAAACUAUCAUUAUUUGUAUUUAGUUUCUGUCGGGUAACACGUGUUGUGAUAUAUGUUUUAUAAUUGGAAUCAUUGGAAAUAUUAUCUGAUAUCCGAUAUUUAAUGUUAUUUGUAAAUAUUUAAUUUUAAUCUUGUGCAGUGUUGCGACCAAUUAAUUGUAAAAGAUUUGACGUAACAUGCGACCAAUGUAUGAACAAUAAAUUAAGGACAAUUAAUGCAUGUAAAUUAAAGGUACAUACGUUUAUUAGGUAUGUGCAAUUAUUUUAUUGUUAUAUUAAUGUUAUGAAGAACUUAAAUUGUUAAAAAUUCGUCAGAUUUUUAAUUUCUCAAAUAUAUUAUUAUUUAUGUACAAUAAAAUGAAUUAUCUUUCACUAUGUUAAAACAAUUACUGACACUAUGUCAUAAAUAAUAAUGGAAGACGCACAAUUAAGAUCAUAAAUUUGCUCAGUACUUGCAUUAACUAACAUAUUAGGGAUAAAAUAUGUGGAAAUAUUUAUAUAGAAGGUACUUUUCGAAGAUUACUGUGUUCAUUUUUUUUCUAAUUAUUUAACACAAAAACCAUUAAGGCUAUGAAUUUACAGCCAUUUAAUAUAUUACGGUUGCCAUUACAUAUUCGAAGUCCAAUUUAUAUAUAGGUAACUAUAAUUAUGAAAACACAGUGGUACUUAUAAAGGUCUCUACAAAGGUUGAUUGUGCAUAUUAUUUUAAAUACGGAAGCUUUAGUAUUGUUCGUUGUGCCUCUUUUGUUGUCAGAUGUUUUAUUCUUAAAUGAUAAUUAAAUAAGUUGCAGUUUUAAUUUGUAGUUACACCUGUAGGUUGCUAAAAUUAAACUUAUAUUAACAAAGCUAUGUUAGAGAAUAGUUCAUUGUCAAGGUAUUAAGAGAGACAAAUUUGUAUCGAUAAAGUGCUCUCGAAAUGAAAAUAGAAGAUUUAAUAAGUACCAUGAUGAAUCCACUACAUUAAGUACUAUUAUUGCCAAUGGUAUAACAAGUUUUGUUGACGUACAUAUAUUGUGUAGUUUUUUGGUGUAGGUUGAUUCAUAGCUUGUCUAGUUUAUUUUGUAUCUUGCCGUUGCUUAGAGAACAUAAUAAAGAUCUUUUCUCUAAUUUUUUCAAGCAAUAUACAAUUAGUAGGGCGAUUAUUUAAGCGUGUUAAUACACACUGCCACGCAUCGCGCUGCAAGCUGCGUAUCAACGCACCUUCGCACGUACUUGCAGGAGUGCGGAUCUGCAUCAUCGUGCGGGUUCUGAACGCGCUCACGCGCAUUUUGUAGAUUCACGGCGGCAUUUGACUCUUUAAUUGAAAGUCGCCGCUGCUCUUCCGAAUCACAUUCAGUCAG